AUGCAACUGAAACAUCUUCUCACUGGCCUUGCGGUCUUCAGCUCACUUGCUGCUGCUGCCCCAGCAACUGCACCCUCGCAAGACGCCAAAGCCGCAGACAAGGACGCGCAAAAGCAGGACCAGAACAAGGACCAAAAUAAGAACAACAAGAAUAACAAUAAUGAAAAGAACAACAAGAACAACAAUAACAAGAACAACGGAGACGUGACGAUUAUACAAAACAUCAUCAAGCCCAACAUCAUCGUCGUGCAGGAGAACCUCGACAAGAUCAACCAGCUCCAGCGCCAGAAUGAGAGGGAAUUGGCGUUGCUGGUACAGUCCCAGCUUGCUCUUGCGACGCAACUGCAGACUGUCAAGGACAACAUUCGCAUCAACCACUUCAAGGCGCAGUUCCCCCAAGCGAACACCAUCAUUGUGACCGUCACCGGCCUCGUUGACAACCGCCAAGGUGGAGGACAGAACAAGCGGUACCUCGUGAACCAGCUCCUCGCCGACAAUGGCAAGCCGGGACAGCAAGCCUUGGUAAUGGUCAACGACCCGACACCCAUGGACAUCUCAACGCAACAGGCGGCAUCUUCGCAAUCCGACACUUUCGGAGCUGCCCGCGUCGCACUCGAUUCUGCCUCUGAUGCCGUGUCAAACAACACCGACGGUGUCCAAGCCGCCGCCGCUCCCACUCCAGGAGCUGACGAAAGCGACACCACCCUCAAGCUUGCUGCCUUCGACCAGGCCGCUCCAUUUGGACAACUCGGCCAGAGCAUCAUCCUCCCCGCGGGCACGCAAGCUCCUCAGCUGGCUGCGUCCGUUCCGGACCCCGCCGCCAUCAUUCUGCCGAAUCAGGCCGGUCUCUUCGUUUCCAACGCGGCUACUUUCCUAACAGACUGCGCCUCGACCGCCGCCAAUGCUGCUGCCGGCAAUCCGGCACUCGCUGGAGCUGCUUUGAACAUCUUCUCCUCGUUCCAGCAGAUCGCUGCCACACAGCUUGCGGGUCUCUCGGGUCUGGGCAUCUUUAACAACGCCGGGCAGGUGCAGGGACAGCCUCUGGGUGCCAUUGCCGUUGGUGCCAACCAGCCGGCUGCGGCCGCUCCUCCGGCUACCGCUCCUCCGGCUGCUGCCCCUCCUCCUCCAGCUGUUGCGGCUCCUCCAGCCCAGGGAGGAUCUCUUGGUGCCAUUGCCGUCGGCGCAAACCAGGGCCAGCCAGCCGCGGCGCCAGCACCCCCAACUGAUGCUGCCGCGGUUCUCGCCGGGGCUAACCAAGCGCAACCUGCUGCUGCUUCCCCACCGCCGCCUCAGGGAAGCUCGGGAUCAGGUGUGGUAAUCGUGGGAUCGAGCCCGGGAGGAGCUCCAGCACCAGCUGCUCAGCCUGCGGCGCAACCCCCUGCGGCCGUUCUCGACGGGGCGAAUCAGGCGCCCGCAAAUCCACCAGCUGUGGCCCCGGCUCCGGCCCCAGCAGCAUAG